CCUGGGAGUCUCAGGAAACAGUACUGUAUAUAGCAGUAAUUUUUGAAGACAACCAAAGAUUAACAAAGAACAUAUAUAAAACAUACCUGUUCCAGGUGUUGUAAUGGAAAACUGAGGAUCAGGAGGAUGAGAAGAAAGGUCACAGGGAGCCACAGUCUAUUCAACCAAGCAACGGGCAGAAGCUGAGAAUACAUGUGCUGUAGUCAGGUGCUCUUGCUAUAGAAGAAUCUACAAUGGAAAAAUCAUGGAGGUUAUGGACCAUUGCUGAAAAGUGGUUGGUAAAUCUUGCAUCAUGGUCUUGGGGUUUAUGUCGCAUCUCUCUCCUAGCUUUGAUCUUAACGUUUCACUUGUACGGAGGCUUCAUGCUCCUUGCUCUGAUAUUUGCUUCAGUGGCGGGUAUACUGUACAAGUUCCAAGAUGUGUUGCUCUAUUUCCCAGACCAGCCCUCUUCCUCCCGCUUGUAUGUUCCUGUGCCAACUGGGAUCCCACAUGAGAACAUCUUCAUCAAAACCAAAGACGGCAUGUGUCUCAAUCUUAUAUUCCUUAGAUACACUGGGGAUAAUCCGGCGUUUGUGCCCACCAUAAUAUACUUCCAUGGAAAUGCUGGCAAUAUUGGUCAUCGAAUACCCAACGCACUGUUAAUGCUGGUCAAUUUGAAAGUAAAUGUGGUGCUGGUCGAUUACAGGGGUUAUGGCAAAAGCGAUGGAGAACCAAGUGAAGAUGGUCUUUAUUUAGAUUCAGAAGCAGUGCUCGACUACGUCAUGAGCAGACCUGAUAUAGAUAAAACAAAAAUCAUUCUUUUUGGUCGCUCUCUUGGCGGUGCAGUAGCCAUCCACCUAGCAUCUGGAAAUCCCCAUCGAAUCUCAGCCAUAAUGGUGGAGAACACUUUCCUCAGUAUCCCUCACAUGGCCAGUACUUUAUUUUCUUUCUUCCCCAUGAGGUACCUUCCACUCUGGUGCUACAAAAAUAAAUUCCUGUCAUACAGGAAAAUUGCACAAUGCAGAAUGCCUUCGCUUUUCAUCUCCGGGCUGUCUGACCAGUUGAUCCCUCCAGUCAUGAUGAAACAGCUGUAUGAACUGUCUCCAUCCCGGACUAAACGGUUAGCCAUAUUUCCAGAAGGCACACACAAUGACACGUGGCAGUGCCAAGGCUACUUCACUGCACUUGAACAGUUCAUCAAAGACCUUCUAAAAAACCACACCCAAGAGGAAACCGUGAAAUCGGCAUCCAGUGUGACAAUUAUAUGAAAUGGUACAUUUUAAAUGAACUGGUUCGUUGUUAGUGAAAAGCUGUAACAGAAUGUACAUUUUUUAACAUGUAUUUUUUGUGUGCACUUACAUCAGUGGGAUGAGCAGAGUUGGGGUUGGGGGUUGGGGAAUAUGGCAACUUCAAUUCAAAAAUGCCUUUAUGUAUCACUUUUUUGACAAUGAGUGCAUGGUAAACUCUUCUUCUCCUUUGUUUUUUACUAAGCUUCCCCGACCUGCAGUUUUCAUCGGUAGUUUUUUGGCAAAUUAAACAUUUUGCUUUAAAUGAUGUAAUUUCACCUCAUGUGCUAACUUUUCUGGAAAGAGCUUGAUCUUGCUGAAAUUGAAUCCGGUAUUAAUUUCAGUAAACAAUAAAUUCUCUGCAUGUCUUCCAGGGAAUAAAACCAUACAAGAAGAAAAAAUGCAUUAAUUGCUGUACUUUAUAAACAAAUAAUGUUGUACGGUGAUAUGCUAAGCCAUUUACAAACAAAUUUGCCUGUAUCUUAAAUGUGUAUAGAAUUUUGAUUUCAGUUGUAACAUUUUUUUGUGCUUUAAAAAAAUAUUAAUACUUUAGUUAUUAUAAUUACUUGCUUCUUAAAUGGCCACAUUUUCUAAAUAUGUUCCUGAAAAAAAUGAUAAGCUGUUAAUAUAUUUUGCAGAGGAAUGUUACUUUCAAGAUAGUUGAUGCUGGCAGGUUCGGUAUGAUAUGCAAGUACAGUUAAUGAGCAAGUGUUAAAUACUAUUUGCGGUUCUACAUAUUCAACUGUAAUCUUACAGGAAUCUUGCACGUAACUGUAUAUAGCCAUGUGUGCUGCACUCUGUGUUUGGGCAUUAUCUGUAAGAAUACAGUAUACUCUCUUUAACACUUAGGCUCAAAUUUAGGCAAAGUCCAUCCCAUUCUAAAUUAAGGUAAUAAACAUAAAUGUUUAUCCUUUUUUUUUCUCAUAAGCAAUGCUUGAAAAAACAAUGAGCUACAUGAUACUGAUAUUUUGUAAAUGGCUAAAUUGACUGGAGUGGUAUACACUAUUUCACAUUUCUAAAUGACAAAUUACAGUUCACAGUCUUUGAUGAACAGGAAAAAUUGGAACAGACAGAAACAAGUAAAAAUUCAACUUGGCAGAAAAGAGGAAUUUACUGAAUAUGUCUGUCUGGAGCCAUGCUGUCCAAUAGUUUCACUACUUUGGAUCCUUUAGCAUGAGUUCUGUGCCUGUGGAAUAUCUAGAGCAGGGAUCUCCAGGCAUGGUCCUGGAGAGACCUAAUCCAGUUAGUCUCAUAGAUCACCUGCUUUUUAUCAGCACCUGCAAGCUCUUGACGAAUCACACAACAGAUUUAUUUAAUUAUGAAAACUCUGAUCCUUGAGGGCUUGAGUCUAAACUUCUUCAUUUAACAAUUGACCAGUUUGAUUAAUCACAUUGAAGUUGUUCCCUGUAUUUAUGAAGCAGUGAUUUAGAGAUGACCUAUAAAACCUGCUGGUUUGGGACACUUCAGGACCAGGGCUGCAGACCCAGAACCUAGAGACUAUGAUGUUUGUUUUCCCUGGUUAGUGGCCCUAUACUGGUUCAGAAUUAUUCAGAAGUAGUUCAGGUAGGUAGCUGCAUCAGCAUGCAUGGUCUGCAAAGGAACAAGUAAUAGGUUUAUUCCAUGCUGA